UCCUCGAACACAAGCUCUAAAACAUUGUUGCAUACUUUUCAGUUUCAAAAUAAAGAUUAGAGCUAGCAAUGCAGCCAAGUGAAGUCACAGGACUCCACUACCUAAUCCCUUCAGACCCAUCUCCAUAUUCUUCUCAUUUUGGCAUCAUCACUCCCCAAAACAACACCACCAUGCCAUCAACAUAUCAAAGUAACAGGAUUGGUAAUUACAAUAUUAACCACCCAUUAUACAACAACAUCCAAGAAAUCAGUCCACAAUCAUCUGGGUUUAGCAGCAACUCAACAUCAGAUGAAGCAGAUGAGCAGCAACAGAGCAUAAUUAUCAAUGAGAGAAAGCAGAGGAGGAUGAUAUCAAACAGAGAAUCAGCGCGACGAUCGCGCGUGAGGAAGCAGAAACGCCUUGAUGAGCUUUGGUUACAAGUUGUUUGGUUAAGGAAUGAGAACCACCAGUUGAUUGAUAAGAUCAACCAUGUCUCUGAGUGUCAUGACAAGGCAGUUCAAGAGAAUUCUCAGCUCAAAGAAGAAGCGACCGAGCUUCGAGAAAUGAUCUCGGAUAUGCAACUAAACGGUCCUUACUCCGCCUUCAAAGACCAUCAAGAUGUUUGAUUCUUGAAUUUGCUUGGAUAAUUAAGCAGAAGAGGCAGUAAUGUUUUUUUCCUUUUUUACUUCUGAUCUUUUAUAUUGUUUUUUCUUGGUUCUUCUUCUGUUUUGAUUUGAAGUCAACCAAUCCUUGCCUCUAAUCCGAGUAGCUGUAUCCGAUCGAUCGGAUAAUUAGCUAGAGUUGGAAUAACAUGUUAAUUAUCAUGUAAUAAUUUAGCACCAA